AUGGAAGUUUCCGAAGAAAAGCUCGACCGUAUUAGAAUAGAUAAUGAGAAAUAUCUGAGGAAACAUCCAGAGCUUCAUGAUAUGAUUAGUGAAUUCAUGGUUGCUCUUUUGAAAGAUAAACCACAAGAUGUUCUUCAAUACGCUAUUGUAUUUUUCACAUCACAACAUACCGAGCCAGAGUAG